CAACAAACCAUCCCAAGAAGCUCUUUUCGCUGGAAGUCAUCGAGGGCAAAAUCCUUCCUCCGUUUUGGUCUUCCUAUUUCCUCUUUAUUAGGGUUUUUUUUUUGUUUGCGAAGGAAGGGGGUGACGAUCCUAUGGGUUUCGAUGCGAUGGCCAACGGCGCUUCGGUUCCCGCCUUGAUCUCACGGGACGCCGCCAAGAAAAAGAGGACGAAUCGCUCGGCGAAAUUGAAGCAGUGCAAGCUUGAUGUACGCCGCGAGCAAUGGCUGUCUCGAGCCAACAGCAAAGACGAUUGCAAGAUUUUGGCCGCGGCCAGCUCUCCUCCUUUACCCCAUCCGCCACGGCCCCGGGCGGACGAAACGGAUUCGAGGACGAGGGAGGAAGAUACGAUCUCGCAUGGUAACGACGAUUCGGAUUACCCAAUGCCCCACCUUCGCCGUGGUAAUAGAAGAACUUUAAGCAGCGGAAGCAGCAUCGAGUCUAGCUCUUCUAGUGUCAGCGACGCCGAAGACGAGGGGAUCGAUAAUGUAAGGGGCGGUAACCGGGUCCUUGAUGACUGGGAGGCGGUUGCCGACGCCUUAUCUGAAGCCAAUGAUCGUGACGGCCUUGGCCCUGAUCCGGUAGUGCCUGCUGUUUCCGCCGGAAUGCCUUGCGAGCCUCCUCGUGGCGGGAGCACCACAAAGCCGGAGCCCAUUCGGAGCGCGCCCAGAGCCUGGAGGCCGGACGAUGGCUUUCGGCCACGGAGCCUUCCCAGUAUCUCGAAGCAGUGGAGCAUUCCGCCAAACCAAGACCGGCACUGUUGGGCUUCGCCACAGAAGGGCGUGCUUUCAACGCCUUGCCCGUGCCCUAUCUGUUGUGAGGACUUGGAUCCCACGGACUCGAGCUUCUUCCCCUGUUCGUGUGGCUACCGUCUCUGCCUCUUCUGCCACAAGAGGAUCCUUGAGGCCGAUGGGCGUUGCCCCGGUUGCAGGAAACAAUAUGACUCCAUUUCGAGUGGAGCGUUGGUCGUGACCACCGUUGGGCCAUCGUCGUUACCACAGAUUGAGUCUCUACAUGAUGCUCCUGAGAGUCAUUUUCCUAGAUAGAAAAAGUCAUUCAUCUAGAUUCUGCUUGCAAGGUCCUUCCUCUUGUUGUUACUGUAACUGGAUGAGUUGGCUCAGAAUCACCAAUCAACUGUGAGCAAAGUGGUCUGUGAGGUGGUACAAUUAAAUAAACGGCACAUAUUCUUUAUUCACAAGUAUUUUGGCUGCUCUGAAGGUUUCAAUAUUUCCAAGUCGACAAUUCUGUAUGUUCUAUCUGAUGUGAUCUCUUCAUCUGAUAUGUUUUCAGGUAGAACAACACUCCUUAAAACAUGAUGAUGCUGGAUGCUUGAUGCAAGCGCUUGACACGAUCGAAGAUGUCCCAUGCCCCCUGGUACUUAAAAGUGGUGGUUUUGAUUCUUUUUUCUCCAGACACCUAUGUUUUUAUUUGUAUUAUUAUUGAUGAACUAAUUGCUAAAAGUAAUCCUUAAAUAACUAGCACACUUUUGAAGUUUGCGUUUUGUAGCUCUGUGAGCGAUGUACCAUUGACCAUUUCAUACUGGUAGUAUGCUUGAACUUGUAAGCAUGAUGUUGUUCAUACACCUUGUACGUUCAGAUCUAUCUAUCUGAAUUAGAUAUUGAUAUAUUUAUGUGCUAGAAGUUGCUAAGUUGCCAUGUUUGACAAAUUUAGUGCUGUAACAAGGUCAUUGAAGUGACUUCCUCUCUCUUUUUUUUGCCUCAUUGUAUAUAUAUGUAUACAUAUAUGUAUAUGUAUACAUAUAUAUACAUAUGAUCCUGUCAGAGUUUAUAAUGGAUUUACUCAAGAGGGAUCACGAUGAAUUUUACACAUGUUUGACUGGUGAACAAUAGCACGAGACAUGGCAUUUGCUCAUUUUGUCCACUCCGAUGACACGGAUAAUUGUUCUUAAUUUUUAUAAAAUGCAUUGGAGAGAGAAAUUUCAGUUGGUGUGACCACUCCUGAUUGGGUUUAUAUAUCAGGUCCUUAAUGAUGUUUAAGAUAGUAUACUGAACUAAGUUAAUUUUGCUCUUGCAAGGAUGAUGGAACUGGACGUGUCUAUGUUGUUGGGGCUCGCAAGUGAAGUUUUUGAAGAGUCGCGGCAAUCUUUGGCGUGUGGGACACUGGACUAUCUACGUGGUCGUAAGGUCGGCAACACCAAAUUUCAGAAAGAAAAGAAAAAGAAUAAAUCAUAGUAAGGUCUUCUUUCUGUUUUGUUGUAGAUGCUCGGGGUUAAACGAACUGAAAGAAUUCUUCCUACUGGUAUUGCAUUGACUGCCGUGGGUGAGGUAGUAGAUAAUUACGCAAAUGAUUAUGAUCAUCUGGACUUUGUUAUUGAGUAUAAGAAUAUUUGGUAUUUUGAAUCAUGCCUUCAAAUGUAGGCUUAUUUGCUCAUAGCUUAUACGUGUAUUUUCUUGUAUUUGCUCAUAGCUUUAAAGAUGAUGUUGGGUCAAUUUUAGGUGUCCCCAAAGAACAUCGAUCGGUUAAUCGCAAAUCGAAUUGGCUAGGGUUGUACUUUAUAGUUAUUGUUUUCGUUUUCAUAAAUACUUCAUUGACGUUUGUUCUGUAUAUAUGUAUAUAUAUGUAUGUAUGUAUGUAUGUGUUCACAUAUUCAACCUAUGCACUUCAGUAGUUAGGUUCAUGGAAUAAAAUUUCAUUUUCAGGGUUGGCGUGUUAACUAGGCUUUUGUGUGCGUGACUACAUGUUCGUGUGUUGCUCUUCCUAUUGGGUUUUCAUUAUUAGUUUUGGAUAUUUGAUGCAGGAAUUCUCUUUCCAUUUUUAAUUUUUUGGUGGGUGCAAUUUUGUGUCUUGGUUGAAAGAUGACUACAACAGGUCAGGUCAUCGUGUAGUCGUCCGUCCACAUACGUAACUCACUUGCUACUGUUACGGAUGACGUUAACAUUUGCUUGCUUUUGAGGUUAACGAUGUGAACCCAUUUCAUGAGAUAGAGAUAUCGAAGAAUCACGUAAACAAAAGCAUCGUCCCUCCAAGUCAAAAAAGCAGAAGAGGAAUCCGAUGCCAUGAAAAGAAACAGACCAAAAAUUACUUGGCAUCUCAGCAAAGCAUUUAUCGCCCUGAUUGGUUUCGAUGCUAUCACAUCGGCGUGCCGUCCCUACUCUCUCUAUUGUCUCUCUCGCUCUCUGUCUCUCUCUCACUCGCUGUCUCACACCCACACACACAACAUAAACCUCGCUAUUAAAAACCCGUUCGGUCAUCUUGUGCCUCAGUCUCCAACGAACAAAGAAGCAGCUGCCUCCGAGCCCAUGGGCGUGUGCGAAAAGCUCUUCACCGCCCUCCACUUGAAAGCCCGUCGGGACUCCGCCACCGAUGUCACCAGUAAACCCCCACCAGCAAAGCCCGUGAAGGAGGCGGUGGGGCCUCGACCGACGGCGGCGCCCAUGGAGGAGCAGCAGCAGCAGCAGAAGAAGAAGAAGAAAAAUAUCAACGAAAGGGCAGCAGAAUACAUCAAGACCGCGAGGAUCAAGAUCAGGGCAGCUUCCUUCAGCAGGGCACCCACCUCCAAGUAGUACAGAUCUAAUCCCAUGGCGCGAAAGACGAAACACCCUAUCUUAAUUAAAAUACGCCUCUCCUGUUUCUUUGCCUACCUAUCAUCCAUCGUUUGAGAAUGGUAUUGUUGUUUGCUUUCAUCACUUCCUUCCCUAUGUUUCGAUAUCGUCGUGGCCUCCUCGGAUAAUAGAUGUGGGCGGGAGGGCUUAUUAGCGUUCCCAAAAUCCAAUAAUACCGACAUGCUUAAAUCGA